GAACCAAACAAAAAAAGAAAGGGCAGGGAUAGGGAUAGUAUUUGUAUUUGUAAUUGUAUUAGUAUUAGUAUUUGUAUGUAUUCAAAGCAACUCUCACCGUUGUGCAACAUUUGAUUUGUGAUGCCGAAGAAGCGACUGUUGUUGCUGUUGAAACCCUUCGACUUGCGCCAAACAAACGCUCAUUCUCAGAUCACCAACCCUCAGACAUUGCAGAUGUUACAUCACUUGGAGAACAGGCGUAAGGAGCACAUGAAUACCAUAAAAUUUUGUCAGAAUAUUCUGCAACAAAAGCCAGUUGAUUGGGAACCCAUAUUACGUAACAAUCUAUCACAGCCUAUCUGUAAUGUGGACCUGGUUAUUACAGUUGGUGGUGAUGGCACUCUUUUGCAGGCCAGCCAUUUCAUGGAUGAUUCAGUUCCAGUUGUCGGAGUGAAUUCUGAUCCCACACAAAUUGAAGAGGUGGAACAGUUUAGCAACGAGUUUGAUGCUAAUAGAAGCACAGGCCAUCUUUGUGCAGCAACAGUCAACAACUUUCAACAGGUGCUUGAUGACAUCCUUGAGGGUCGUAAGGUUCCUUCCAAAUUAUCAAGGAUAUCAGUACAUGUAAAGUCACAACUGCUGUCAACAUAUGCUCUUAAUGAUAUCUUAAUUGCACAUCCAUGUCCAGCAACACUCUCUCGGUUCUCAUUCAAAAUUAAGAGGGAGAACCAGCCAUUUUCCCCUUUGGUAAACUGUCGAUCAAGUGGUCUCAGAGUUUCAACAGCUUCUGGUUCAACUGCUGCAAUGCUCUCAGCUGGUGGAUUUCCGAUGCCCAUCUUAUCUCAGGAUCUCCAGUAUAUGGUAAGAGAACCAAUUUCUCCUGGAGCAGCCUCUAGUUUGGUGCAUGGAUUAAUCAAAUCUGAUCAGUAUAUUGAGACCACAUGGUUCUCUAAAGAGGGUAUGAUAUACAUUGAUGGUUCUCAUGUUUGCUAUUCUGUCCAAAAUGGGGAUACCAUUGAAAUAUCUUCUAAAGCCCCAAUUCUGAAAGUAUUUUUGCCUCACCAAUUAUUAUCACAGAACUGUACACAGAAACAUGAUUUGCAUUUGCAAGACUAAAACAUGGGUUGGUGACCUAAGCUACAAGUACUUAGCACUACAAGAAUCCUGGAUUGCUAAGAGAACCUGUUUUAAUCCGAUAGAUCUGGCUUUUCUUCACAUGAUUGGAGCCAUUGUACGGUAUAUAGUCCUGACUCUGUUAAUAUUCCUCUAGUGGACAAAUAUUGGGCCAAUUUUAGUUCCCUCUUGAGAUGGAAAGAUGCUUUGGCUAGGCAGUAGGCACCCCCUUCAACGUGAGGCUGCUUUUUGGAAACAUUGAAAUCUGGACUUUGAGUUGUUUUUCUGUAAAUUAGGGCUGAUCUCUGUGGCAUUGUCUGGACCUUGGAGCCUUGCCACAUCUACCAUGUCUGACAUGAAAAUUUAUUCAGUUUGCUCUUACUCUAGUAAAUUUAAAAUAAAAUAAAAUAAAAAAUCUUUUUUUUCUUA